AUGGAGAACUUCUCCCUCCCUGAGACCAAUUCCUCAUGUGUGGAUGGGCCCGGGAACUGUUCCGGAAGAGGGGAUGUGGGGUUGAAUAUGUCUGUUCCCCCCCUGAGCCCCAGCUUCUACCUCACGGUGCCUGUCAUCUACUCUGUAAUCUGUGCUGUGGGGCUGACAGGCAACACUGCUGUCAUCUAUGUAAUCCUCAAAGCCCCAAAGAUGAAAACGGUCACCAACAUCUUCAUCCUCAACCUGGCCAUUGCUGACGAGCUCUUUACCUUGGUGCUACCCAUCAACAUUGUUGACUACCUGCUCCUGCAGUGGCCCUUUGGAGAGUUCAUGUGCAAGCUUAUCAUCUCUAUAGACCAGUACAACACCUUUUCCAGCAUCUACUUCCUCACUGUCAUGAGCAUUGACCGCUAUCUGGUUGUGGUAGCCACCACCAAGUCUAGGAAGAUGUCCUACCGCACCUAUCGAGCAGCCAAGAUUGUGAGCCUCUGCGUCUGGUCCUUUGUCACAGUCAUCAUCCUGCCCUUCACUGUCUUUGCGAAGAUACACAAAGAGCAGGGGCGUUCCCAGUGUGUCUUUGUGUUCCCCCAACCUGAGAGCAUGUGGUGGAAAGGCAGUCGUAUCUACUCCCUUAUUUUAGGCUUUGCUAUCCCAGUGUCCACCAUCUGCAUCCUCUACACCACCAUGCUGUGCAGAUUGAGACGCGUGCACCUCCAUAGCAAUGCAAAAGCCCUGGACAAAGCCAAAAAAAAAGUGACACUGAUGGUGGUUGUCAUCCUGGCUGUAUGCCUGUUUUGCUGGACACCCUAUCACCUUAGCACAGUGGUGGCCCUCACCACAGACAUCCCACAAACUCCACUCAUCAUUGGGAUUUCCUACUUCAUCACUAGCUUGAGUUAUGCCAACAGUUGCUUCAACCCUUUCCUGUACGCCUUUCUGGAUGACAGUUUCCGGAGGAGCUUUCGUAAACUGAUAGAUUGCAGAUUAGUAACUUUUGCUCUUGAGUGUACCUGCAUUUCCAGCUGGAAGCAAAUCCAGGAUGAUCUGCAGAUCCAGAUGGGCAGUGGCACCCUCAGUGUGGAGCAAAAAGGACCUGAUAUUCAUCCAGUGCAGACAGCAUAUGAAGCAGAAGUUUACAGCCUUGAAUUUGACAGACCAACAUUUGGUCUAAUAUUGACUCUGCGUGUUCACAUGUACAGUGUAGACAAAUUUUCACUAAAAAAGAAGCAGACUGAGACCUUUUUACUCAUUCUGCCCCUAGAUGGCACUGGUUCUUCACUAAGCCACCACGGUUUUUCUAAACCGGAGUCAAAGACAAAAAAUGCUCCUGAGAGCAAAUUCGGACGCCGUGUUGUAGGAUAUGCCAAAAGUUGGAUGGAAAUCCUACAACAUGCAUGUGUGGUAGCAGACCCCUUUCCCAAGAGGAGAAAUGGAGGCUACACUACCUGGCACCUGAUGAGUGAGCGCUCCUUAGCUCUGGCUCUGAGGUGCAUUGCUUCUGUGUUGCAUCCUUACAUACUGGAAGUACCUAUAGAAGCUAUUGUCUUCAUAUUUCAUGGGCCUUACAGUUUGACAAUUGUUCUCUGCGAUGAGCUAAAGCUACCAAAGUAUCAGCAAGAGCUAAUGUGA